AUGGCCGCAUCCACCCUGUCCGUCUGCUCCAGCCACCGGAGCUAUGGCAACCGCGCCUGCCUGCCCGGGUCCUAUGACUCUUGCACCGACUCCUCCUGGCAGGUGGACGACUGUCCAGAGAGCUGCUGUGAGCCCUCCUGCUGCGCCCCCACCUGCUGUGUCCCCAGCUGCUGCCAGCCUUCCUGCUGCACCUCCAGCUGCUGUGUCCCCACCUGCUGUGCCCCCAGCUGUUGCACCCCGACCUCCUGCCUUACCCUUGUUUGCACCCCAGUCAGCUGUAUGUCCAGCCCCUGCUGUCAGACGACCUGUGGGCCAACCCCCUGCCAGUCAACCUGCAUCAGCUCCUGCAUGUCCUUGUGCUGCCAGCCCUCCUGCUGCACCUCCUUUACCUGCCAACAGGCCUGCUGUGUGCCUGCCUGCUGCACACCCGUCUGCUGCAAGCCCCUGUGCUGUGUGCCCGUCUGCUCUGGGGCCUCCUCCUGCUGCCAGCCCACCCCCUGCACCUCAUCCUGCUGCAGACCCUCCUCCUGCGUGUCCCUCAUCUGCCGCCCCGUGUGCAGGCCUGCCUGCUGUGUGCCCACCUCCUCCUGCUGUGGCCCUGCCUCCUCCUGCCAGCCCAGCUGCUGCCGCCCGUCCUCCUGCAUGUCCCUGCUCUGCCGCCCCGUGUGCUCCCGCCCAGCCUGCUGUGUCCCCACCUCGGCCCAGAAGUCCUGCUGUUGA